GGAAGAAAAUUCAGCCUCAUGUGUCAAAGUCUGACAUUUCCAUUUAACUGCCAGAAACAACCUUUCGUGAGGAUCAAGACUUCUUUUGGCCCUUCAAAAUGAUCGAAUUAAGUCGGCGCAAGUUAGCCGAUACGCCAAUUGACUACCAAGCACUCGAUGAUAUUACUUUCAACCCAGAGUCGCUCUCGACACCUGUGGGCAGUGAUAAAGACCCUUUGGUGCCAUCAUCAUCACCAUCCGAUAAAUCGGUGGCUGAUGGCGAUGAUAUUUCUUACGCUCAAAGAAAAUCUACACAAAUUACAAGGCCUCCAUCCGCUACCUGGGGAAUUCAUUGGAAGAAACCCUCGUUUAUUGGGUUAAUGUUUUUGGCUGGCUUUAUUCUUUCAUUGGCUCAUCACCUUUACUACAUGUCGCUCAGCGGCGAAAGAACUGGCGACGAGAAAAAACAAGCUUGGCCCACCCGCAUUGGCACCGGGUUUGCCUUUUUAAUUACAUCUUGUUUCAAGGCAACAACGACGGCUGCGUUAGGUCAAUAUAUCUGGACGGUUGUCAAACGCCAACCAUUGAGCAUAAAAAACUUAGAUCAUCUUUUUGCUUUGUCAACGGAUCCAAUAGCCCUGUUCAGUAUCGAGCUAUUAAAAGGGGCAAAACUUGCCAUUUUGUUAGGUGCCAUUACAUGGCUUUUGGGACUUGCAAGCAUUGCACCUGCAGCGACUUUGACAAUCGUUGCAAAGAAUAUCUCCCAAGAAGUGCGUUUGCCAGUUCUUGAUUUUUCCAAAGCCAUUUGGAACAAUUCUGUGGACGGCCAGUACAAUGCAGUCUCAAUCACCAAUACCAUUGCAAUAAAUACAGCUUCGAAUAUCGAUGUGUUAGGGUUAUCUAGGCAAGUGUCCGGAUCUGAAUGGUCAUACACUUUGCAGUUUCAUGGCCCGUCGAUAAAAUGCAACGAACCGAACGGCACCCAGCAGGCCAUAUUCAACAACAUCACCAAGUAUUAUGAACAAAACAACAUUUUCACAUACGAUGAUCAAAAUGAUAAUCGUACAAAUACAACGUUCGGAGUGGGCUCUGGCAGAAUUGUUUACACUUCGUGGAGCUCUUGGUAUGCAGGAGGUACACCAAAUACCGGGUUUCUCCCACCAUCACUAGCAUCAUAUGGGUCCUAUUAUCCUCAACUAUGGAUCCAGACUUCAACCUCGGAAUUGGUUUGUACUGCAGUAAACGCGACGUUCAAUAUCGCAGUAUCGUACAUUGAUGGAGUCCAACAUGUCACUCAGCAAAAUGUCGAGAUCAUUGGACAUUAUGAUCUUUCAUACAUGAACGUUGGUAGUAUAGAAAGCGGUCCUACAAUUACUGAUUCUAAUGGUGUUACAACCGCAACAGCAACUGGCGCAUCGGCAAACGUGCUAUGGAACCAAUAUAUUCCGCAUAUGUAUGCUCUUGGAGCUAUACUUGGCGGGAACAUAACUUUACAAGAUGUCACUCUUGGCAGUAGUCAUAAUGAACAAUACAGCGGCUAUGGAGCAACUAAUAUUCUUGGGACAGGUUUGAUGGCCUGUGAGGAAAUUGCUAGUACCCCAUUCAAGAAUGAAAGUUCAUAUCUUAUCCGCGACCCCUCUUCUACAUUUACCAAUACCUUCACUUCAACAACCCAACCUUGGCUAUGUCGAAAUCAAACCUUGGCGCGUGGUAUUGAAGAUCUAGCAAACAAUAUCACCAUCAGUUAUCUCAGCUCGCCGGAUUUGACGAGUGAUAGCGAUCUGCAGCAAAUCAUCACCUCCAACACAAACAAUUAUUAUGUAUACCAUCCGCUUUGGCUUCUUAUAUCGUAUGGCCUGGCCCUCUUAUUUUCCGUCAUAGCUGUCGCAGUCGGUGUUCACGCUAUACACUCCAAUGGGGUAGUACAUUCAAAUUCCUUUUCGGCUAUUGUUGCUACUACUCGUAACCCAGAAUUGGACAAAUUUUUGGGGAGGUCUUGUUUAGGUGCCGACCCAUUGCGAGAGGAUUCUGAACAACGCAGGCUCAAAUUUGGUCUAGUAUCAGAUGAGGUCAUAACAGGCAAUCUUAAGUCUGCUGAUGGAGAAUCCGAAAGUCAAUGGCAGAUGGAGAAACAUUCUCAUGUUGCAUUUGGGCCUGAACAAAAUGUCGGACAACUAAGGAAAGGAGAGCUGUGUAUUUGAAAUCAAGACUUGUUGAAUUUUUUCAAUACUCGAUUACAUCAAGUAGAUACAUGCAUAUAAAGGCCA